UAUCCUUUUUUGAGACCGGGCUGCGAGGUUAUCAAGCAUGGAUAUAAUAGCCACAGUAAUGCUAUUUAUAAUUCUAAUAACAACGUCGGCGAACAUCGUAAGCUGCGAGGAAGAAGACGGACUCAAUAGGCCUACUCAUUGCCCACCAGGGCAAUAUUACGCAAUGGCUAUAAAGCAAUGCCGUUCAUGCGUAUACCCCUGCAGAAUUGACAGAAAAGCCUGCCGUGCCAUGGGAUGUGCUGAUUACGAAGCAACAACUGCUGCAAGUACCAGAAGCAACCGUGAGGCAGUACAUGUAAAUGAUGUCAACGUCGAUGAACAUCCUAUGCGGCAGAGUCGAAAACGAGGCAAAGGGCGUUGCGAACGAGGGGAAUAUUAUGAAGCAGCCAUAGAGCAGUGUCGGUCCUGCAGUAUCCCUUGUGCGCUCAGCAGGAGAGUUUGCCACGUCAUGGGUUGUGAUGAUUACGAAGCAACAACUGCUGCAAGUACCAGAAGCAACCGUGAGGCAGUACAUGUAAAUGAUGUCAACGUCGAUGAACUUCCUAUGCGGCAGAGACGAAAACGAGGCAAAGGGCGUUGCGAACGAGGGGAAUAUUAUGAAGCAGCCAUAGAGCAGUGUCGGUCCUGCAGUAUCCCUUGCAGCCUCAGUAGUAGAGUUUGCCAUGUCAUGGGGUGCGAUGGUUACAAAAGUUACCAAACAACGACCACCUUAGCCAGUACCAGUAGCAGCACCGAGGUUGGAACAAUGCUAGCCAGUACCAAAAGCAGCACCGAGGUUGGAAAAAUGGCAGCAAAUAAUCAGUUCAACUUCAAUUACAUAAUCGGUGGGACUGGUGGAGCGUUAGUGCUGUUGUUUUGCGUUGUUAUCAUUCUCGCAAUCUGGCUGAUACGGCUUUCUAGAGGAAAGAAAUACAUGCGUGAGAAUCACUUAAACGAAAAGUCCAAAAAGGAGGAAAAGAGUUUACUGAGGAAUAAUGAACAGUCAACUCGGCGCUGCUUUAGGGACACUACGACUAUCAGUAUGGAGGGAAUGGAUGAAACAAACAUAUUUCGAUCCGACCAUUUAUGUGACCGUGUGAGCGUGGAAGCUGAGCAGAAUUUAGCCUAUAGUUUGGGUGUGGACACAUGCUCGGCGACAUCUAUCGUCUCGCUAGAAUCUAUAUAG